CAAGCGACGUCAGCAGCAGCAUCACGCCGGGGUUGAGGAGUGGGUGACGAGGAGCAAUCACCACCAAGGGAAAAAAAAUACCAGGAGCGAGAAAAUGCACGGAGUACAAGUGUCCAUUUGACUGGCAGAUAGACGUUUUCGCAUUUUGAGUGUUUGGUCCUGGUGAGGUCUUUUGGGGAACACUAGCUAAACACAAUGAAGGUCCUCUGUCAGGCCGAGCGUUCUGGUUUUUAGCCAGCUGGCUGCAAUUCCAGGGAUGGCUAGCUGAGCUAACUUAGCUAGCUAACAAUUAGCCUGCCCAUUUAGCUUCACUGGUCACUGGGUGCCUCGGUCUGCAAAGGAUAACUGUUCUGGGGGCAAUUGUAACGCGGUUCUUAGGGUUGUGGUUCGUCGAGUGCGUGAGACCGAGGGCCAGCCUAUCGGUUUGUUCAGUAGAUGGACAGUUUUAACGGGCGCUCAUUGUCACUGCGCGGGCGUAACAGUGUUGGUAUCGGGGCGGCUAGGCUUGUACUCGGCCGGCCAACCAGCAGAGGGAUUGUACAGAUGUGGCAGUGGCAGCCAGUAGUGUCCCACUGUGUCUGGGACCGAAGUUGGUAGCUUGACCAAAAAAAAUCCGGAUUUCAAAUUAGUAUUAGGCUCAUGGGCUAACCAGCGGGAAGGAGGAUUAAAACGUGUUGGCACACUAAACAGAAUCAUCAACUUGUCACGUUAGCGUGGUUAUAACGUUAAGCAUCAUUUAGCUUACAAGCUAGUGAGCGAGUUAACGUUACCUAAACUGAUUUCAUGCUAAAGUGCAUCAAAUAAAAUUGCAACACAUAAAUUUGCACCUUAGAUAGUCAUCUGAGAUGUUUGCGGGCGUGUUGCAUUGCAAGUUUUCUGUAAUCAGCUGUCAGUCCCUUUAACCUGAGGAUUUACACAAGACUUUGACAGAGCUGUCUAAUAUUUGACCCCUUGGCUGCAGUUUUUCCAUCAACAAGGAAGGCCAGUUUCUGCAGGAAGCACACCAGGCUCGGUUGUCUGCGUCUGAAUAUAACUUGUUGAAAAACGGACUGUUGCUCCGAGGGGGGGGGGGGGGGGCAUUUAUUUGAGACUUUGUGUGUGAGGUGUAGCCCGGCGCCCCUUGUCAGACGGGCUUUUCAGCUCAUGCGGUGAUGACUUUAGACUCCAUGAUGGCUUGUUGCCUGAGUGAGGAGGCGAAGGAGUCCAAACGAAUCAACGCUGAGAUCGAGAAACAACUCCGGCGAGACAAGAGAGACGCAAGAAGGGAGUUGAAGCUUCUUCUGCUGGGUACUGGAGAGAGCGGCAAGAGCACCUUUAUCAAGCAGAUGAGAAUAAUCCAUGGGUCAGGCUACACAGAUGAAGAUAAGAAGGGCUUCACCAAACUGGUCUACCAGAACAUCUUCACUUCAAUGCAGGCCAUGAUCCGUGCAACUGAGAACCUCAAGAUCCCGUUCAAAUAUGAACAGAACAAGAAUAAUGCCCAAGUUGUGCGUGAGGUGGAUGUGGAGAAGAUUUCAUCAUUCGAUCAGCCGUACAUCGGUGCGAUAAAGAUGCUGUGGGCUGACCCUGGCAUCCAGGAGGCCUAUGAUCGCAGGAGAGAGUACCAGCUCUCCGACUCAACCAAAUAUUACCAUAGUAAUUUAGAUCGAAUAGCAUCACCAGGGUAUGUGCCCACUCAGCAGGAUGUGCUGCGGGUUCGAGUGCCUACCACCGGCAUCAUAGAGUAUCCAUUUGACCUGGAGAAUGUAAUCUUCAGGAUGGUGGAUGUGGGGGGUCAGAGAUCAGAGAGGAGGAAGUGGAUCCACUGCUUUGAGAAUGUCACCUCCAUCAUGUUCCUGGUGGCGCUCAGCGAGUACGACCAGGUCCUGGUGGAGUCGGACAACGAGAAUCGUAUGGAGGAGAGCAAAGCUCUGUUCAGGACCAUCAUCACAUAUCCCUGGUUCCAAAACUCGUCCGUCAUCCUCUUCCUCAACAAGAAGGACCUGCUGGAGGAGAAGAUCAUGUAUUCUCACCUGGUUGACUAUUUCCCAGAGUUUGAUGGUCCCCAGCGGGAUGCCCAAGCGGGUCGCGAGUUCAUCUUGAAGAUGUUUGUGGACUUGAACCCAGACAGUGACAAGAUUAUCUACUCCCAUUUCACAUGCGCCACCGACACGGAGAAUAUCCGCUUCGUGUUUGCAGCUGUCAAAGACACCAUCCUGCAGCUCAACCUCAAAGAAUACAACCUGGUGUGAAGAGAGAGAAAUGGAAAGAGAGAGGGAGAGAGAGACCCGCAGCCGUACACACCCAUUAUAUGCAGAGUCCACUUCUAGAAACACACAAGGAGUCAAGCAUUGCUUCAUACUUUUCCAGACCAACACAACCCAUGUUCUGUCUCUGCUGUCCACUUAGCUCCUCGGUUGUUGAUUUGCCCAAUUGUUUUUUUUAAAGAAUGGGUAUCUGUUUUGUGGCUCCUCUUGUACAAACACACAUGAAACACUCAAGUAUAACACUCCCCCCAUUUAUCCCCAUCCCGUGGGGUUUUGGUCUACUCCAGGGCUCCUUUCGGUCCUUGUUUGGCCCUGGGCAUGGCUCCGAUUUUUUUUUUCUUUCUUUACACUAUAUUAUCAACAGCGCUUGUGUGUUUGAGGUGGGUAGACUAAGUUUUUAUGGACAAAGGGCUCUCUCCCCUUCUUCUUACUUAACCCAUGCAUGUUAUACACUACAGCAUGAGGGGCAUGAGGCCAGGCUGCAGAUUCUGGACUCGGCUCACCUGCAAAGGGUAACUAAUUAUGAUGAAAGGAAUAUAUUAUCAGGCAGUGCUGGGGUGCAGUGAGGUACUUGGUUCCCCUGGGUUUUGAAUUUAUUUUUUUGUUAACCCUGCCCCAAAUCAGAGUACAGAAGCUCUGGUUGAAUGUAAAUAAAGGUUUUAUGCUGCUCACACAGAGUGAGAGCUAGACAGAGAUGAUUACACGUACUCUGUCGACUUUAAAUAUUUUCAGCUGUGUUAACUUCUUGGAUGUGUUAUUACUGCUAUUGUUUUCCAGUUAACAGUGAAUUGAAGAUGACUACUCAAAGGAACACAACGCACCAGAAAGAGUCACGAUAUGUUCCUCUUACACCGUCCCCUCUUUUAACAUACGUCAUGAAACAAAGCAUUAAGAGACGACACUACCUUUAAUCACAUAUUGUAUACUCCCCUGUCAUUUUGUAUCACGUUGCCAAAUUAAAACCACCAACUUGUUGUCUGUAAAUAUGAUUAGGUUGCCAGUGUCCUUGCUCAUGAACUGGUUGACAUACUAGCAAAAGCCUAUUUGGAAACUGGCAUUGCCAAAAUUAAGUGCGAGUUUUCUGUUGUGGUGGAUCAUUCAGAUGUUGAUGGCACAGUGUGGCAUUUUUUUUUUUAUGUGGACUGUUGUCUGAAUCACACGUGUAUUAGUACUGUGAUUUAUUUUCUUUGUUUCUUUUGAUGGUGAGAAUAAUCUACCUGUGCACAACGUGCAAAUAAUGAUACCAGAUUAGUACAGUGCAAUAGUUGUUGUAGAUUAAAUAAAGCUUUUGCGCUGCCAGUUUGCUUAAGUCAAAAGUUGGUCUCGAUCAUCCAUAAGGCUCCUUUCUGUAAUCAGCUUUCUUUUGCCAUAAUUUUUGGCCAACAUUUGAUAAACUGUAAUGGAUAGCAAGAGUAAAUAGUUCUUUUUUUAUGUAUGUCUAAUUUAUCAAUCAGAUCUACGUAUUAUUGAUACAGUAAAUAAGACUUCCUCCCUAGUUUCAGCUCAAAGUUUUCCAACCAAGGAGAUGGGAGGAGAUUUUAUACUGCUGAAAAAUAUCAAAACUAUUUUAUGGACAAGUGUUCUAUCUUUCUAAUGAUACUUCAUAUAUUUAGUUGUUGCAGUUCUGUUUUGAAAUGCUUGACAAUGGCGAAAACACUGUUUCCAUGUCAGGUUUGUGCUUUAUGCAAAUAGGAAAAUGAAAACAGACAAAAAACGUAGUGGUUGAAUAUUUACUGUUCAAGGAUGCUUACAUUUUUUGUAUAUUUUAAGGACAUGCGUUGGCUAUUGGUACCAAUCCCAUAUCGUGUCUCUUGCCUGAUAGUUUAAAUAUUCCAUUAAGCUGAAAGUUGAUAGGUGGCUAUUUUUGUCUUCACAAUGUAAUUCAGGAAAGUUUUCAUAACUUUUUCAUCACAAGGGCUACUACUAGCAGCUUUGGUAGAAAUAAAAGGACUCUAUGGACAGCAUAGAGCAAAAGGUGCAAUUAAUUAAGCGGGGGGUGCUAUGAAUCAAGAGUGUGAUGACAUCCUGUUGAGGUUGAUGGCCGCAGGUUCAGUGAGGGAGGAAUAUAGCAGUCCACAGAUGCCUACACGACAUUCCUGUGGGAACUAUAGCGGCUGUUGUGCUCUUUGUACACACAUCUUUUUGCCUUCAGAGGAGGAGAAUGGCUAAAGUCAAAAGAAGUGAGGUUUCCCAAGCUGCAGUAGCACACUUUUAGUGUCCUGGCUGUGCGGAUCUUAGCUUUAUAAUAUUUUCCACUAUGUGGUUAAACAUAUUAGGCUUAUUAUCUCAUUGGUAGUGUUUCCAUGUUUGAUGUUGGUAUUGGAUGUGUUGGAGUCAUAAAGAAGGGAGUGCUUAGCAUAUUUUGACCUUUUUGUGCACAUUGAAAGAAAUUAACAUCAGAGAAUUGAUUACAGAUCCUGUCGUACUACCUUUGCAUCCUUGUUUGCCAAAAGGUUUACAAAUAAAUUUUUUCUGCUCAGUUUUAGGGGAAUUUACUUAUUACUUAGCCUUAUUUUUCUCCACAUGCACCCAGUCAUCUUCCCACUGUAGUGCAGAUGUGCACAUUGCGUUGAUGAAGUUUGUAACAUCUGUGCAUAGAGAGAGACUUCAUGAAGAGAGUAUAUUUAUGCCAAGUGCCACAAUUUUCUUAUGAGUUGUAACAAUAUGGAGAUGUUGCAACGCUAUGACUUUGACAAGUUAUUUUGGCUGUGAUCUUGUUUUGUCCCGCAUGUAUUGAGUCCUGGGCUCAUCUUUGGUGCUUCAGCCAACAUUUAAAGGCCUUUUCUUCACCAUCUUGUCCUAUAGAGAUAUAUAUAUAUAUGAGAGAGAGAGAGAGAGAGAUUCACAAUGGCUUGCUUGCAGAAAUUAAUUUGUGGGUGCCACAAUUCAGCACACUUUUCAGUUUUAAAUUUAGAGCUUGUGUAUUUUGAUAUGUGGAUGAAUAUACUAGCUGAGUUUUGAAGGGAGUAUUGUAUUCUGCUUCACUGUUGGAUUAACACAGUGAUGUCGUGUUUUUAAAAUUCUCAGCUUGGCUUUCAGGAAGCAUACCUUAAGGACAGGUGUGUGGUCUCUUACACUUGUAGAUGAGAUGUCAUGCAGCAAAAUGGACUUGAAUGGGCUGCUAUGAGGAUGAUUAAAAAAAAAUUAAGAUGACCACUUCAGGGAGCAGUGUUGAUAUGACAGUGUACUCUUUUAAAAUGUUGUCAGCUGUCAGUUUUCACGUGCUGACAAUUUGUGUACUUCAUGCCUUGUCCGGGGAGCGCCUCGCAGCCCCAGAACCAACAAAGAAAAGGUCACAUGGCUACACUACCAGUGAGAGCUGGGUCAGUUAUUUACAAUCCUUUCCCGUUGAGUUGUACUGUAUUAGCUUUAUUUGCAUUUUGGAGAAGGUUUGUACAACAAUCCAGUACAAAACACUGUGCCACACAAAAUCAAUCAAAUCAAAAUCAUAAUUUGUAGUAAUCUGACCCAGAUCUCUGCAGCAAAACCUUUGUUAAACUAGUUUUACAUUAUGGUUUCUUUGUUCCAAAUGAAGCUUGUGUGUUAAUCCUCAGUAUUAAUGUAUUUAUUGAAAGACUUGCCAAGUGAAGGUACUGAAAUGGCCAUUAUAAUAUUUUGGUGGUUAUAAUAGCAAGUGAGUGAACGAAUAAGCUGUGUGUUUACAUGUCCGCCAUUCUCCGCUAUUUUGUCCCCCCCCCCUCCCCAUACUUGAUUGGACUGUGUAUUCUUUCCCUGGGUCAGAGGCACUGAAACUGCACCACUGCAAUGGGCCUGCAUUCAUGCAACUUAGAUGUUUGUUCAAGCGCGCUCGUUGGUACUCUGAGGUGUGUGUGUGUGUGUGUGUGUGUGUGUGUGUGUGUGUGUACACUUUUGAUGGCUGUUGCUUAUGCUUGAAAUCCAUUCUGAUUAGAGGGAUGGACAUACAGUGAUAUUAAAAGCUAUCUUUGCAUCUUUUUUUUUCUUUUGUAAGGUUGACACACCGUAACGUGUAUUUAGGACCACUUAAGAUGACAGACCUUUUUUUUUUUUUAAGAGUUCAAAUAAAUUUUGUGUAGUGGUGUACAAAUUGAAAGUAAUGUAUUUUUGUUUGAUUUUUUUCUUCUUCUUUUUUUAAAUAUACCAAAUGUAAAUUAUGUACAAUGAGUGUGCCAAUCCCCUUUCUUUGUAAAGCCAGAUUCUUAACAAGUGCCAAUGUUGUGAAAAAUCAGAGGGCCUGUGAAUUUCCUGGUCCAGUUUUUAAAACAAAUAAACACUUAAAUAUGUGAUUAAUUAACUAAAAAAAGGACAAUUUUAUUCUAUAUUUAAGAUUAAUGAUGAACUGCUGUUUUUAAGAUAAAUGUCAUUUUAAUUGCAUGUGUUUGUCAGGUUGGGGAGGGAGUGGAUGGGUGAGAUACUGUAUUCAUGCAACACCCUCAUGAAAAGGGUCCUAAAGGUCAUUGAUUUACAGUAUUUUAGCCAUGUUUCUCUUUUGUAUGUUUCAUUUCAACCACUGUUGCCUGAACCUCAUUCGAACAUGAAAAUGAUUUUCAUAGCCUUCUCCUUUAAAUGUUUUAAAUUGGAAUAAAAUAUGUUCCUAUACUCUUAUUGUAUCAUUGUACAUUUCGUUUGGAGUGAGAAAUUGUUUCCUUACAUAUUGUGAUUAAAGGACCAUACCACUUUUUAUGGCCAAUACAAGUCGUGUAUACUUUACAUAAUUUUAGAUUUGGGAAUGUAUUUCCCUGCCUUUAUAUUAAGCUGUUAGUUUCCAUUCAUUUCAGUACAAUAUUAAGAUUUGACAAUUAUCAUGCAACAGUAACAAAACUUUGACAAAAAAGAAGCUGAUGGGUAUUCAUAGUGACAUGAAUUAUUUUUCUUUUUUGUACCAUUGUAACAUUGAAGUCAAAGGCUGCUUUAAAUGUAGUAUCUGAAAAAUCUGAAGAACUACAUCAUGCUUUGGGAAUUUUGUGAGGAAGCAGCUGUAAUAUACACUGUACACGUGUCUUUUUGUAUUAAAUGGAUUAAAACAUG